AUGUUGAGGAAGCUAGUAAGAGGAGUGUAUCCUUGGAUAAGACCAGAAAAAGCAAAUUGGCCACACCUAAUAGCAAAAUUGCAGAACUAUAUGCUCAAGAUAUAUCACUACAAUGUAGUUUGGCAAAGGCCAGAGAGAGACAAAGUAAAAUACAACACAGAUGGUGCAAGUAAAGGUAACCCUGGAGAUAGUUCCUUUGGAUUUUGCAUUAGAAAUCAUGAAGGUAACUUACUGUAUGCAAAGGCAAAAAGAAUUGGAGUGGCAACAAACACAAAGGUUGAAUCAAUGGCAAUCUUGGAGGCUUUGCAGUACUGCAUGGGGAAGGAACUAAUGGGAGUUAUAGUUGGAAAUAGAUUCUUUGAGCCUAAAAAAUGA